GACAUGUGCGACAUUGAGGAGGAUGAUUGAAAUUCUAAACAGCAGGAGUUCCUUUUUAAGGUUUUCUAAUAUAAUGUUAUAAACACUCCGGCAGUUAUUAACAUGACACGUAUGCGUCUUGGUAUAGAUCUACAGAGUUAGAGAUAUUCUUUGCAACUUUAGCAGUGAGCAGUAUUAUCAACUGAUCAAGAUCUGCAAGACAGCUGUUAAUCUGUAUUGACCCACUCCUCAGAAAAGGAUGACAGGCAUAUUUGCAAAAUAUGUAGCUAAAAUAUUACAUAUUGCUGCCAGACCCAAUUUGAGAUGUGUGCAAAGAUGCUAUACAACAAAACGACCAAAGCUCGAGUUAACUCUAGCGAUUCUCAAGCCUGACGUAACCUCCCGUCCUCAUAUUGUUGAGGAUAUUCAUGAAAUAAUCAAAGAAAAUGGAUUCUUCUUUGUAGCUUCUAAACAUUUACAUUUGACUCGAACUGAUGCUGAAGAAUUCUACAAGGAACACCAUGGCAAAUUUUUCCAUAACCGCUUGGUGAAUUUCAUGUCAAGUGGGCACAUAUGGGCUCAUAUCUUGGCCCGUGAAAAUGCUAUUGCCCACUGGAGAAAACUUAUGGGCCCCACAAAAGUGUUCAGGACUAUUCAUUCAGACCCUCAUUCAAUUAGAGGAUUGUUUGGACUGACAGACACAAGAAACGUUUGUCAUGGCUCAGAUUCACCGGACAAUGCAUUGCAAGAAAUCAAGUUCUUUUUUCCAGAAUUUGAUGCCAUAAAAUGGUACAAAGAUGCUGAACCUUUCUAUCACCAUGAAAAUGUAACAUUUUGCAAUGAAUCCAUGGUCCAUGUACUAAAUAAGAACAGAGAAAAUAGAACUGAUGCGUGUUAAUUUUAUGACAGAUUGUGGUUUUUAAUAUAAUUGGUACAUGUAUUUUGUGUAACUUUCUGAAAUACUUGUAGCUGGUCUUAAAGUUAUUAUCAUAUUAAAUAGUGUUUUACAUUAAAAAAAUUAAUUUAUAUUAUUA